UCCGCCACCAGCGCGAGGCCUUUUACGGAACUACACAAGGACGGGGUUAUUUUCCCCGGGACUUUUAACCUACAUCAACGCGCCUUAUCUCAACUAGUCCGCUUGAGCGAACUAGCCGCUUGUUAGCAUUUUGGCUCCAGCUGGUCGCCGGUCAAGUCAAGCUGCGCUGCGGGCGGCGACUACCUCAGAAGACGUAAUGGGCUUGCACUCAUCCCAGAAGAAGCAUUUCCCCCUGCGGGGGAUUGACGGCGUGGUUCAGCUUUUCGACGCCGAGCUCCGCAAGUCCGAGCCGGACCUGGCCCUCCUCUCUCUGGUCCUGGGCUUUGUCGAGCACUUCCUGGCCGUGAACCGCGUGGUGCCCAUCAACGUUCCCGGCGUGCGUUUCGAGCCGCUGGAGCCCGAGUGCCCCAACUCGUGUUUCCCCACCGUGGAGCUCGGCAUGAUCUCGGCGCUGUACGAGCGCUUCACGGCGCAGAUCCGCGGGGCCGUGGACCUUUCCCAGUACAGGAGGACUGCGGGCGGGUCCAGUCGAGAGCUGGUGAAGAAGGUGUCCGACGUGAUUUGGAACAGCCUCAGUCGCUCGUACUUCAAAGACCGCGCCCACAUCCAGUCUCUCUUCAGCCUCAUCACCGGGACCAAACUGGACAGCUCGGGGGUGGCCUUUGCGGUGGUGGCGGCCUGCCAGGUCCUGGCCCUGAAGGACGUACACCUGGCCUUGUCCGAGGACCACGCCUGGGUCAUCUUCGGCAAGAGCGGCGAAGAGACGGCCGAGGUCACGUGGCACGGCAAGGGCAACGAAGACCGGCGAGGGCAGACGGUCGCGGCGGGUGUCAACGAGAAGAGUUGGCUCUACUUGAAGGGCUCCUACAUGAAGUGUGACCGCAACAUGGAGGUGGCUUUCAUGGUGUGCGCCAUCAACCCUUCACUGGACCUGCACACCGACAGCUCAGAACUGCUGCAGCUUCAGCAGAAACUACUGUGGCUCCUCUAUGAACGAGGGGACCUGGACAGGUAUCCUAUGGCAAUGGGGACUCUGGCGGACUUGGAAGACCAGGAUCCGAUGCCGGGCAAGGAGAGCCCGCUGGAAAUCCACCUCAAGGCCGUGGGUUCGGCCCAGAAGUAUUACAACAACGAGCACAUCUACCCCUACAUGUACUUGGCCGGCUUCCACUACAGGCACAGGAACGUGCGGGACGCGCUGAGGGCCUGGGCCGACGCCGCCCAGGUCAUGCAGGACUUCAACUACUUCCGCGAGGACGAGGAGAUCUACAAGGAGUUCUUUGACAUCGCCAACGACGUCAUUCCCACUCUGCUCAAGGAGACGGCCGCCGCCGCCGAGAGUCCCUCGGACGGCGCCGACGCGGGAGACGCGGAGCAACCGAAGCAGCAGCAGGCCGCGGCUUUCUCGGCACUGCAGGACCCGGAAUGCUUCGCCCACCUGCUAUGCUUCUACGACGGCAUCUGCAAGUGGGAGGAGGGAAGCCCCACGCCGGUGCUGCACGUGGGCUGGGCUACCUACCUGGUCCAGUCCCUCAGCCGCUUCGACGCGCAGGUGCGUCAAAAAGUGUCCAUCAUCAUCAAGGAGCCCGAGUGCCAGGACGAGGACGAUGCGUCCAGCGAGGACCCGUGGGAGGGGCGCAGGCGAGUCCCCCGCAGGGAGUCCAAGCCGGAGGAGCAGAACUCCCCCCUCCCCGCCGCCCCCAACUCCCCGGCCUCCCAGGGGGCGGCCCCCGCGCCCAAGAAAGCGGCAGAGGCCGGCGCCCGCCGCCGCUCGGAGGGGAAGCCGAGGUCGCCCGACGCGGCGGCGCUCUCCCCUCAACCGCUCCACCCGCCCGCCCCCGUGGUGGCCUUCCAGAGCGAGAAGAUGAAGGGCAUGAAGGAGCUGCUGCGUGCCGCCAAGGUCAACUCCAGCGCCAUCAAGCUGCAGCUCACCGCCCAGUCUCAGGUCCAGAUGAAAAGGCAGAAGAGCACGCCGCCGGGCGAUUACUCCAUGUCCUUCAUGAAGAGGCAGCGCAAGUCGCUGUAGGACGCGGGCGGACAAACCCGCGCGCGUUCCUUUCAAACGUCCUCCUGCUGCCGUAAGCCAAAAACCUCUCUCGGUGAUUCUUUCACAGCCACGCUGAGGUUCUCAAACCAAUUCAUUCGACAACAUUGCUUUUGGGUCAUUUGUUUAAGAGAGGGCAAGAAAAAGAAAACGCAGUCAAGACUCUCCGGAGCUUUUUGCUAACAACCCAGGCCAAAGUCAGCACCUCCCCGACAUACAACGAUUGUCUCACUGUCACUUCAGCAUACACGUUGACGCCCAUGUCCAGGUACUACUUUCCUAUCGGACAAGGCUUGGGCACCUUCUCGUGGCAUCCAUCAGAAAGAGCACAAAAAAAAAAGCUCGGGCAAUAAGUCGCGAUGGGUUCAUCGGCGAGCGGUUACAUAUCAGACUUCACGUCGCCAAACCAAUUGACUUUGCCGCAUCACGACAUGUUGGAAAGGCUGAACGCUGGGAAAGUUCAUUUAGUAUAGUUACUGUGUAACAUUGUCCACUUCCACGUUAAGAAUAGCUCCUUUCUUGCUAGCUUGAUGUUGCCUUAUUUGCUUUUUUUUUUGUUUUAGUUUUGACUCAGGUCACGACGGUAAUAUAGAGGAAAACCCACGAGGUUUUGUUUGCUCAGAACCGCAGGAUGUUGCGUUCAGUUGUGGUUUGCUCUUUGGAUUUUUAGUUUUUGCAAUUAAGAAAAAUAAAAAAAAGUGGAAGCUGA